GCCGUACUCUCUAAUAAUGAGCCUUCAUUUAUCGAAUCAGGUGGGUGAGAGCGUGGAAGUGCCCAUUUCUGUCGCCAGAAAUCUUUUCAAGAUCGUUGCGAAUGUCGAUUCCUUUGCCUCCACUGCUAGAAAACUACCACGAUCGAACUACGCCCCAGACUUGGGCCCUGAGGUACAAGCGGUUUCUGUGAAGCCUAUAAACGAAAAAGAGGAGGAAGAUGACAAGAAUCCUAACAAUGACAACGUCCCUUUGCACUUCAGCAAUCUUGAUUACAGCAAAGAAGUAUUGGAAGCGGUCGCGCAGUAUGCUGUGCUGCCUCACAACCGGCGCACAGCGAUCAUCCCGAAGCCCCUUAACGUGCCCCUAAGCAGGAUCGUACAGGAAAAUGAGCUGGAUUUUGUGAAGGUGGCCGAAAAGAGUGGAUUCCUAAUACAAUUGCUCGAUGUCGCCUCUUGUCUGGGAUUCGAAGAGCUAAUGCAGCUAUGCGCGGCGUAUAUAUCUGAGCGUGUCCAUGAAAUUGCGCUGGCGGGGCCCGACAUCAUGACCGCCGCUGAACGUACCCGUGAGUUUUUGCGUAUACACAACGAAUGGACUCCGGAGGAGAUAGAACACCUUCAUAGGGAAAUGGAGUAUGCUAGGCAGGUUGACCCAAGCGUAUACUAA